AUGAAAUUAUUUCUAUUAUAUCUCUUAAUAUUCUUUUGCGGAAAUGCGAUCACAAGGAUCUAUAGUUCAAUAUUUGCAUAUCAAAUUUACAUAUUUCUUUGGUGUACUGUACCAGGAAUUAUAGAAUGUCGAAGGCCACAAAUAACAUCAUUAGCCAAAUAUGAACCACCACAGUAUAUCGUCAUUGCAAUUAGUACUUAUUGUCCACAUUAUAAUUCCAAAAGAUUAGGCUGUCGUAUCAUAUAUGUUAUAUCCACCUUGCUACGACAACUUCAACGACCACAAGACACGACACAAACUUCGGGUAUUCUAUUAGAGUUGCACCCCCUAA